AUGGCGGACGAGGCUAAGCUGGGGGCAAGGUUGUCGGACGCGACGUUGCAGCCGUACCCGCACGUUCCCAAGAGCGACCGCAGCGACCCGGUCGCAUGGGCAAACUCCAGGGAGCAGUUUAUGCGGGAACACCUGAUCGCGAAAGAGCGCGUCAAGCUGCUGCGGCAGGAGGUUAUCGCCUGCUACCGCAAGGAAGGGGUGAACCACUACGUCAACUGCAAGCACCUUACCACCAAGUACCUAGAAAUCAUCCAAGAUAAGACCUUCGGGAGACUGAAGCCGCCCGGAGCCGGGGCGGACGGUGACGAGGAGUAGCUCGCGUUGGGGGAAGGAGAGGCGGAGCUUUUGCCCAUUUUUUGUAUGGAUCAAAGGAUAGGAGACCUGACGGCGGGAGGUGCGGCGGGGAGCGGGAGCGUCGACCGGCGUGCGUCGCUGUUCGACCUUGGCAAGGGGUGACCGGUAGCUCGGUAGUCGUCUGGGGCAUUGUGUGCUUGGCUGUACGAUGGAGCUCGAGUUUUUGUCGUGAAUUUACUUGUACAGCACACGUAGCAUGCCUCCGACGAACUGGUCGUUCACCUUUGGGACAAGGCAAGGAUGCUGCUUUGUUGUUUCGACGGUUGGCGUUACGGUAGAGCUAUCGUUUACCCCUAGGGCGCAAGGAUGUACGUUCAUGUUUGUAUGCAGGCUCUCUCAAACGGUGGUAGCUGACUCAAAAGAAUCAUCUCGUCCUGAGUUUUGGGCCUUCCCCUAAUCGUUGGCUCUCCUGUAUGCGGGACUAUUCACCGUUAGGAGGUCGCCCGCUUGCGUUCGUCGCAGGAUGUGUAGACUACAAAUGAUGAGGGAGGAAAAGAGCGCACUUUCGAACGAAAAGCAUCUGUCCGUGUCGCAUUGGAUGGAUCUCUUCUAUUGUGCACAGCUUGUGCGUAGACUGUGCACCAAUGGCGUACACGAUUUCACUUGUACCGUCAGUUUCGAUUCAUGUCUUGGCGCUGUUUGUGAUGUGCUG